AUGAGGAUGACUCGGGCUCUUCGUGCUCUUCCCUUCAUUUCAGUCUUUUCUCGUGCUUUCAGUUUGGCAGUGACCAAUUCGACUGGUGCAUUUCCAAACACGACGUCGCCCGACCCAGCAGCAACAUCUCUUCCAUAUAAUCCAAUUCUGGCAAAUGGCGCAGUUGAUCUUGGUAUCGCUCAAGCCGCGUACGACAAGGCCACUGCCUUCGUCGCUGGUCUGAGCAAUGAUCAGAAAAUCACAAUCAUUGGCGGCGGUAGUCUGGAAGGCAAUGCAACUUGGACCACGCUGCAGCUCAGAGAUGGAGAAUCUGGAGUGAACCUCCAAUUCUACGUCUCUGGUUUUAGCAUGGUCAAUGCCCUGACCAUGACCUGGAACCGGGACCUCUACGCCGCGCAAUUCAAAGCAGUGGGAGAAGAGUUUUAUGCCUUGGGUUUUCAAGUUGUUGACGGCCCAUUACCCGGAGCACUGGGCAGAGUUCCUUGGGGUGGUAGACAACCCGAGGGCUUCUCCCCAGACCCUUACCUGACGGGUAUUGCUCUUGGUCAAGGAAUAGCCGCCAUGAACUCGGCAGGAGUAAUAGCAGGAGCCCGUCACUUGCUUCUCAACGAACAGGAGACGCACCGCAUGUCUCAAGGACCAAUCAUUCCUAAUUAUUCUUCCAACGCCGACGACAAAACCAUCAUGGAACUCUACCUCUGGCCAUGGGGAGACGGUGUCCAGGCAGGCUUGAUGGCCGCCAUGUGUGGCAUGAACCGCGUAAAUGGGACGCAAUCUUGCGAGAACAAUGACGUGCCCGCUGGGUAUCUCAAGACUAAGCUAGGCUUUGCCGGUUUCGUGUACCCAGAUGUCAACUCCCAAUUCACCGCAUUCGGUUCGGCCAAUGCUGGUGUCGACUUGGGAUCUUCUCGACUUUGGAGCCAACGUGUCAUUACUGAAGGACUUGCCAAUGGUGACCUGACCCAGGAGCGCCUCGACGACAUGGCCGUGCGCAACGUCCUGGGGUACUUCUUCGUCGGUCUGGACAAUGGCCUGCAACCGUCAACGGUGUCUUCAGAGACGGAGUGGCGUGGCAACAUUCGCGGUAAUCAUUCUGCUAUUAUCAGACAAGUGGGCGACGAGGCAAUCGUUCUACUGAAGAACAGCAACGCGACUGGGCUUGGACUGCCUUUGAAGAAGCCAAAGACCAUGUCUCUCUAUGGAUCCCAUGCUGGCCCUGCCUUGGCCGGACCGAAUGUCGCCUUCAACCCCAUUUCGGGACCAGCCGAGGUUUUCGAGGGUCACCUUGCUGGCAGCACUGGAUCCGGUCAACUUUCACUUCCAUAUUUGGUGACUCCUCUCCACGCUCUGACUGAACGCGCCAUCAAGGAUAACAGCAUGAUUUGGUGGAUUCUGAACAACACUUACACCUCCAGGGAUCCUUUUGGUCCUUUUGUAUCUAAUGUCACCGAUGCUGAUCCUCCGGGCGGCGGCGGCGACGGUGACGGAGGCGGUGUCGGCGUACCGGGAGCUGGCCACUUUGGCGGCGGAACAGGCAAUACCCCGUCCUUCAAGAGCUACGCAGAGAACUCGGAGGUGUGCCUCGUCUUUGUCAAUGCGGAUUCUGGCGAGGGAACAGAUCGCACAACACUCACCAACCCCGUGCCGGACAAGAUGGUCACAACCAUUGCAGACAAUUGCAACAACACUGUCGUGGUCGUCAAUACGGCCGGUCCGCGAAUCCUUGAGGCGUGGAUCGACCACCCCAACGUCACUGCCGUCCUCUACUCUGGCCUCCUAGGACAAAACUCGGGUCAAUCGAUUGCUGACGUUCUUUAUGGUGAUGUCAACCCAAGCGGCAAACUUGCACACACCAUUGCCCUAAAAGAAGAAGAUUACCCAGCACGCGUAUGCGAAGCCGCCGCUUGCAAUUUUACCGAGGGCGUAUACAUUGAUUACCGUUGGUUUGACCAAAAUAACCUCUCGGUCCGGUACCCCUUUGGGUACGGCCUCAGCUACACCGAGUUCGACUACAGUGUCGCCUCGGCCGAGAUCACCAACGGGACCGCGUUCCUCUACAAGUACCCCACGGGCAGCUUUGGACUCGGCGGCGAAGUCGACCUGUGGGACGAGGUCAUCAGUAUCAGCACCACCAUCCAAAAUGUUGGCGCCGUCGACGGAGCCGAGGUCGCGCAGCUCUACGUGAGCUUCCCCGCCGAGGCAGAGCAGCCCAUUCAAGUCUUGAGAGGAUUCGAAAAGCCCGUGAUUGCGGCCGGGGAAAGUGCUGAAGUCUUUUUCGGCAUUCGCCGGCGGGAUCUUAGCUAUUGGGAUGUCGUGGCCCAAAAGUGGGCUCUGGCGGCAGGAGAGUAUACCUUUUCGGUAGGGGCGAGUUCGAGGGACAUUCGGGCCACUACGACGGUGACUUUGACGGCGAUUGAGUACGACAGUGAUCUACUACAGAUUGUACAAUAA